GGGAGGAGGGAGGGAGGGAGGGGUUGUAAGCAGAAUUCCAGUUAACACAUUCUACAAACUGUCUCCACUCUACACAUUCAGCUGCUCUUUCGAACCAUGGUAUUCACUGAACUCGCUCUCCUCUUCCUCGUCACCAUGAUACCAGGUACGCACGGAUUAAAUGGACCACAGACGGUGUACGGAGUGGCCGGAGGGUCAGUGACUUUGAAGUGCCAGUACAGUAACAUCUACGCUAACCAGAAAAAAUACUGGUGCAAGGGCGGACGUUGGUGGAUAUGCACCGUGAUGGACCAACGAGCACUCAUCACAGACGAUCCGAAUUCGGGGGCAUUUUCUAUAACGAUGGAUGAACUGACUUUGGAGGACACCGGUUCGUACUGGUGCGGGAUAACACAGAAAGGCAGAGACCUAAUGUUACGCGUCGAGCUCCAGGUCAUUGACGGCCCACAUCUACUGUCCGGACCUCAAAUGGUGUUGGGGUUGCCAGGAGAGUCGGUGACUGUAGAGUGCCAGUACGACGUGCAUUAUAGGAGCCACGAGAAGUAUUGGUGCAAAGGGUUGGAGCAGGAGUCGUGUGUUAUAUUGGCCAGAAUUGACGGCUUACAGGAAGAGCACAUCAGCAGAAAACUAUUCCUAACGGACAAUCAGACCAGCGGCGUAUUUUCAGUAACAAUGAACGAACUGUUGAUGGAAGAUGCCGGCCGUUACUGGUGUGGGAUAAAGAUAACUAAAUUCAAUAUCAUGGUGCCCGUGGAACUGAACAUCACUGACUCAGCUUAUACGGUGGGAUCCCAACCAAAUAAACCUCCGGGAAAUAGAAGCUAUGGGGUAUCCACCACGUUGCUGGUUCCAUUAAUUGUCGGUUCAAUCGUAGUUGUCCUGGUGAUCACCAUCUUCAUCAUCAGAUACGAAAAACAAUCCGUAGCCUGUGGGAAAGGGAAGCCAGAUGAGGAAGAGGUUGACCCCGUCUUCAAAGCUUUUUCUUUCAGAGAUGACGGACAAGAUAAUCUGUACAGCACGGUGGUAACUAAGCCGGGGACGCAGACAGAUCAAGACUUUCUAACUUAUACCAAAAUGAAAGGUGUCCACGGUCACAAUAACGUGAUCCAGUUGCACAACUCGGGACCUGUUCCGCCAUCAGUUGAAUUUUCUACCCUUCGAAAUAUGGCACAGAAAAUGGGUUUAAUCGCUCUGUUUAUUCUAACUUCAGUAUCGGGUUCAUGUCAGCUAACAGGACCGUCCGAGGUGUCUGGAGUAUUGGGAAGUUCAGUCACUGUCACCUGUAACUAUAGUCAGGAUUACAGGGAUAAUGAAAAAUACUGGUGUAAACCUAUUACUUUAAUUUAUUGCUCUACUCUGAUUUCUACUGGUGAUCCUCCAAGAGGAAGACUGUCAAUCAGUGAUAACAAGACGCGUGGAAUGUUUUCAGUAACUAUACGUGAUCUAACGAGGAGCGAUGAAGGAGUGUACCGGUGUGGUGUACACACUCGACUCCUGAAAUUCAAUUUAAGGUUUGAUGUCGAAUUACGGAUUGCUGAAGCACCAGGAGCAAAGACAACGUUGGGUCCAACUACCAGGACAUCAACACGUCCAGCGACCAAGUUACCAACACGUCCAACCAGCAAGUUACCAACGCGUCCAACUAACAGGGAAUCCACAAGUACCACUGUUUCCAAUACCGCAGCUCCUGGGUAAGACCGUGGUAACAUC